AAACUAAUUAUACAUCCAUCUCAAAUAUCUCUCCCCCCCUCCACCCCCCCAAAAAAUCCCCAAAUCCUCCUUCCUCCUCCUCAUAACCCUAUGUUUUUCAACAGAGGCGUUGGUUCAAUUCCGGCAGGCGCCGGCGAUGGAAUUCUCUCUAGGGUUACGUCAUCUAUUACCGAAUCACCAAUCGUUUAUCAAGGUAGACGUGCCGCUUCCGACGCCGCCUUCGUAGCGAAGAAGCUUCUCAAGAGUACCGGAAGAGCUGCGUGGAUUGCUGGAACUACUUUUCUCAUACUCGUUGUUCCGUUGAUUAUCGAGAUGGAUCGAGAUGCGCAGCUCAGUGAAUUUGAGAUGCAACAAGCUAGCUUGUUGGGAAGUGGCCCUGCUCCUCCAGCUGGAACAAAGUGAGAAUUUACUUUUUGUAGAGUCUUAGGGAACUUUGCAAUAAUUUGAUGCUAUGGAAUUUUUAAAAUCUAGGGUUUUGAAGCUCUAAGUAUUUGAUAUUUUCGAUUUUUGCUGUGUAAUGGAUUAUAUUUUUGGCAAUUACAUUCUCUAUUACUACUU